AUGAAGAUGAACCAACAUUUCCAUCUUACUACCAUAAGAAAUGCCUUCUAUCCCCAAGCUGCUAUUGGGAUCUCAACCAACACCUUUCUGCUUUGCCUCCACAUUGCUGCUGUCUUUGUGGGCCACAACCCCAGACUCACUGACCUGCCCAUCACCCACUUGGCUCUCACACACAUCUUCAUGCUCUGCACCUUGGGCCUUUUGGCAUCAACAGACAUUUGGGACGUGCAGGAACUUCCAGGAGACUUCAAAUGCAAAGUGCUUAUCUUUCUGAACAGGGUCAUGAGAGGACUCUCCAUCUGCACCACUUGUGUCCUGAGUGUGCUUCAGGCUGUCACCAUCAGCCCCAGCAGCUCCUGGUUGGCCAACUUCAAAUUUAAAUCCACAAAUCCCAUUGUGUGGCUAUUUCUGUUCUUAUGGGUCCUCACCAUGUGCAUCUCUAGCAACCUGCUCCUCUGCACUGUGGCCCCACCUAAUAAGACCCAGCCUGAUCUUCUCACCCUCACUGAGCAUUGUUCCCUCCUGCUCAUGAGCUACAGAGACAGGAGCCUCUUUCUUGCCCUGAUGGCAUUUAGAUAUGUCUUAUUUCUGGGUCUUAUGGUUCUUUCCAGUGCAUACAUGAUAAUUCUCUUGCAUAGACAUGGACAGCAAUCUGUGUCUCUUCAUAGCUCCAGGUGUUCUCCAAGAAGCUCUCCAGAACAAAGGGCCACUCACUCCAUCCUGCUGCUCAUCAGCUGCCAUGAGAUCCUGUAUUGUUUGGACUCCAUCAUUUCACUAUUCAUAGGCAUGGCCUGGACCAGGGACCCCAUCCUGCUGCAUCUCCAAAUGCUUGUGGCCAAUGGCUACGGCACCAUCAGUCCUUUGGUGCUGAUCAGAGCUGAUACUCAAAUAAUAAAAGUUACCCAAAACAAAUGGAAAAACAAAGUUCAACUUCUGACUAACCUAAAGAAACUAUGUCACUGUCAUUAA